AUGCACUUUGAUAAUCCUGUCGUCAUAUGGUGGAUGGACGAGCUGCUGGAUGACUUCUACCCCGACAAUCGCCAGCCCCCGAUUCAGCUAGUCCGCUGGGUUUUCGACAUGAUUUUGGUGGCUGUAGGUUUUUCACCGCUUGUUGUGGGUUACAUUUUCGGUUUUGUUUCUUGGGCAAUUACGGCUAUCAUUACGUUUCCUCUUUUCAUAACAGUCGUGGGUAUGAUGCUCGUCUCAGAAGCCAUUGCUCUUUCUUUGGUAAAUGUCUAUCGCAUAAUCACGCGUUGGACUUCAAGAAUCUGGCGCCGGAUUUUGGGCGUGCCCCGCGGAAAUUUUACAGCAGAUCAACUACCUACAAUCAACACUCCACUCGCCAAUCCUACUCCAAAACAAUCUCCAAUAUCCAGUCUGAAUCCGACCACCUUCAUCGAAACUAAGAACGACGAAAGAAGGUUCGCACUUCACAGUAAUCCUGUGACAACAAUGAAAUACAUUCCUUCUGGCCCAGCCCCGGUAUUUCCUUCUCCAUGCGCUGAAAUCAGAGGCCGCUCUAGAGAGAUAGAUCCGCACGUUAUAGUCUUUUCUCCUCCCCCUCCUCCGUAUAGCUAA